AGGCGUUUAUAUCCUGGGUUUCUUUAGCUUUGUCAAACGCGUUUUUCAUAUUAGUGAAAGCUUUUUCUGAUUGUUGGAUGAAUACGAAACAGAACUGUAGAAAUGCUUCAUUUAUGUUGCAUUAUUUUGACUAAUUCUGGGGUCUCUUAUUUUAUCAAAUUAAUAGAAUCUAGUUUAGAUAAAGAGUUGUGUCUGUGCUGGUUAUAGUGUCGUGGAAGUGGUGUAACAUGGGUCGUUUAUCGUGGAUUUUCGAUGGAUUAUUGAGAUCGCUUUCAAUAAAAAAAGCCAAGAAUUUGGAGAACAAUAAGGUAACUGAUGAUGGAAGAGAUGCUGUGGAAGCUAUGGCCAAGGAUGCGAAGAAGAAUGAGUUGAUAUUGAGGACUCAAGGCACUGUUAAUGUUGACAGAUCCGAGAACUUUGCUUCAGUUUUCUCAAAACGGGGGGAGAAAGGCAUGAAUCAAGAUUGCUGCAUCGUUUGGGAGGAAUUCGGAUGCCAAGAGGACAUGAUGUUUUGUGGGAUAUUUGAUGGUCACGGGCCUUGGGGACAUUCCGUGGCGAAGAGGGUAAGAGAGUCAAUGCCAUCAUCGCUUCUUCGUAACUGGCAGGAGACACUCAUUGAAGCUUCACUUGAUCCCGAAUUUUCGGAAUCAGCUGGAAAUGUUGAUAAAUUCAACAUAUGGAAAAAUUCCUACUUGAAGACAUAUGCUGCCGUAGAUCGUGAGCUGGACCAACACUGUAAGAUUGAUUCAUUCAACAGUGGCACCACUGCUUCAACGAUUGUUAGGCAGGGAGAGCUUAUAUUUAUUGCAAAUGUUGGCGAUUCACGUGCUGUAUUGGCCACCAUGUCUGAAACUGGGAACUUGGAAGCAGUACAGCUUACUAUGGACUUCAAGCCCAAUCUGCCUCAGGAGGCUGAGCGCAUAAUUCAGUGCCAAGGCCGAGUGUUCUGUCUGCAUGAUGAGCCAGGGGUUCACAGAGUGUGGCUGCCCGAUGAGGAGUCUCCUGGACUAGCAAUGUCUAGAGCUUUUGGGGACUAUUGUGUUAAGGAUUUUGGUCUUGUUUCGGUACCUGAAGUGACACAGAGACAUAUAACGAGUGAAGAUCAGUUUGCCGUGCUCGCAACAGAUGGGGUAUGGGACGUUAUAUCGAACGAAGAAGCGGUGGAAAUUGUGUCAUCAACUGAAGACAGAGGAAACUCAGCUAAAUGUCUUGUGAAGUGUGCUGCCCAUUUAUGGAAGAAGAAGAGAAAGGAAAUAGCAGUGGAUGAUAUAUCAGCUAUUGUACUCUUCUUUCAUUCUUCUUCUUCUUCUUCUUCUUUAUGUGAUCAAGUUUACCCUGAUGUAUCUUCACGAAAGUAACUAAUUCUGACAAAGGAUUGUUGAAAAUUAACUGCAUUUAUGUAAUCUCUCCCUCUUCCUCUA